AAAUUUAUUAGAAACAAUAACAAACUCACAUGAAAUAAUAUUUUUAACAAAAUGGAUAUUGUGAAGGAAGUUUUAGACAAGCAGGCAAAGGAAGCAGAGAAGUACAAGCCAAUUAAUGUUGUGAAGCAUGAAGAAGUUAAGAUAGAUGCUGGUAGAUUGAUGAUUUCUGAUCCGAACGUUUUUUCUGAAGAAAUAAAAGAGAAUACAGAGUCAUAUCUGUUGAAUCUGACUAGAGAUAAUGUUCAAUUACUUGUGAAUAGUAUUUGGGAACUUCCAACAGAAAGAUUAGAUGAACAUAUUGUAGUUAAAUUACCUAAACCGAGUUUUGCACUUCCAAGAGCAAGAAAACUUCCAGUUCCGAGAGCUCCAACUAAAUGGGAGCAAUUUGCUAAAGACAAAGGAAUUGUUAAGCGAAAGAAGGACAAGAAAGUAUGGGAUGAAGAGCUUGGAAAAUGGGUUCCAACUUAUGGUUAUCAAAAAUAUAAGGCAGAAAGAGACAAGGAUUGGGUGUUGGAGGUGCCUAAGAAUAUAGAUCCAAUGACAGACAUGUUCCAAAAGAAAAAGGAUUUGAAGAAUGAAAAGAUUGCCAAGAACGAAAUAUCAAGAAUGAAGAACAUUGCUAGAGCACAAAAAGUGGAUAUGCCUCGUGUUGGUUUUGUAUCUGAAGAAUCUGCUAGUGCUAAGGAUCUUUUGGUUGCAGCGACUAUAGCAAAAGCAUCAACAGCAUCGGUUGGUAAAUUCCAAGCUAGUUUACCAAAAGAAAAGACUGCUCGCGGAAUCGGUGUAAGAGAGCUAAUUCCUGGUUCACAAAAACGAAAACGAGCUCUUAAUAAUGCAAUGGAAAAAUCAGAACAGAUUGAAGUUGUUGAUAAACUGUUAAAGAAGAGACCUAAAAUUGAUGUUGAGAAGGCAGUUCAAAUUCAAAAGAGAGAAGACCGUGAAGAACGUGAGAAGAAACCAGUCGAGAAGAAAAAGAAAGGCGGUAGCAAGUCAAAACAUGCUAAAAAGUUCACAAAGAAACCCAAAUCUGGAAUGGGACGUGCUGGAAACAAAAAACCUGCUGGUAGAAAACGACGAUAAUAAGUUGAUUGUAAUGUUUAAGGUUUUAAUAUGCUAUAAUUAAAUCUUAUGAAAUAAAACUUCUUUUAUUA